CAGUGGUUGAAUGAUUGUGGAGAGGUUAGGGUGGAUAAACAAGUGUUAGUUACUUUUUCUAUUGGGAAGUAUCAGGAUGAGGUGCUUUGUGAUGUUGUGCCUAUGCAUGCGGGCCAUAUUUUGUUGGGGAGGCCAUGGCAGUAUGAUAGGAGGGUGACACAUGAUGGGUUCAAGAACAUGUACAGCUUUGAAAAGGAGGGCAAAAGAAUUAAGCUUGCUCCUUUAACUCCAAGCCAGGUCUAUGAGGACCAAUUGAAAUUGAAAAGUGAGAGUGAAAAAGAGCAUAAAAGAAAGAGUGAAAAAGAAAGUAGAGAGGUGGCUGAGAGUAAAGAAAAAAGAGUAGAGCCACUAGAGAAAAAAGAAAGAGAGUCUUCUGAGAGAAAAGGAAAGGCAAAAGUGAGUUUCUAUGCAAGAGAGAGUGAGGUUAAGAGGGCUUUCUUCGCAGAUCGCCCUAUGAUUUUUCUUGUCUAUAAAGAGUCUUAUCUUACUCUUGAUGAAACUAACCAGUUUCUUCCUAGUUUGGCUGUUUCUUUGUUGCAGGAGUUUGAGGAUGUAUUCCCGGAUGAGAUGCCAAAUGAGUUGCCACCCAUUAGAGGCAUUGAGCACCAGAUUGAUUUUGUGCCCGGGGCUGCUAUUCCAAACCGACCAGCCUAUAGGAGUAAUCCAGAGGAGACAAAGGAGCUUCAGAGGCAAGUUGAGGAUUUGAUGAGCAGGGGGUACGUGAGGGAGAGCAUGAGCCCUUGUGCUGUACCAGAGCUACUGGUGCCAAAGAAGGAUGGGACGUGGAGGAUGUGCAUUGAUUGCAGGGCGGUCAACAAUAUCACGGUAAAGUAUCGCCAUCCCAUUCCUAGAUUGGAUGAUAUGCUUGAUGAAUUGCAUGGCUCAUGUAUUUUCAGUAAAAUUGAUCUUAAAAGUGGGUACCAUCAAAUUAGAAUGAAAGAGGGUGAUGAAUGGAAAACUGCUUUUAAGACUAAAUAUGGGCUUUAUGAAUGGUUGGUUAUGCCAUUUGGACUUACAAAUGCGCCCAGUACUUUCAUGAGAUUAAUGAACCAUGUCCUACGUGCAUUCAUAGGCAAGUUUGUGGUUGUGUACUUUGAUGAUAUCUUAGUGUACAACAAGAACUUAAAUGAACAUAUUGACCAUUUGAGAUAUGUUUGGGCUCCUCCUCAACUCGGUCAUGCAGAAUUUUCUUCAUUUAUCUCCUCGGCUUCUGUCUCUACGUCUAAUGAAGUACCUCCAACAUUAUUUUCACUUUCAGAUAUAAAUGGUGCAGAAUCUGCAUUACUUGCGAUCUUUUCAAAGCUUGUCAAGUCCUCUCCGGUACUUGACAGAGUGCAUGGCAUUUGUUGA